AUGUCAGACGAAAACGAACCCACAACGUUCGAAGAAGCCUAUGAACGAUAUGUCGAAUAUCGAGCACGUUUCGAACAUUUAGAGAACGAAUUUGACGAGUAUCAACAAUCGUCGCUGAAUUAUGAACAAGAAUUAGAAGUGCAAUUGAAACAAUUAGACAAUCAGACACAUCGUUAUCAGCAAGAUCUGUUUGUUGAGCGUACACAAAACGAACAAUACCGCGAACGGACGGAACAAACAAUAAAACAAUUCGACAAACGUUUCGAUCAAACUCAGGAGGAGCUAAAUGCGUGUAAAAAUUUAAACGAAAAGCUGACACAUUACAUUCGAGAAUUAGAGCAAACUAAUGACGAUCUGGAACGAAGUAAACGGACAUUGUUGGAUAGUUUAUCAACGUUUGAAACAAGACUUAAUCGAGCCUUGGAACAGAACGCUCUGUUAGAAAAUGAACUCGACGAGAAACAACAAUUAACUGAAACUGUUCAACGAUUACGUGAUGAAACUCGAGAAUUACGUGAAGAAUUGGAUGUAUUACAUAAAACAAAUAUGGAGAAAAUGAUGAAUGCUAAAGAAACACCCCAUGUCAAUAGUAUUCGGAUGAAAACCAUCCUAUCCGAAGCAGCAGCCACAUCAGGAAAUUUAUCACGAGACUCCAAUAUACAACAAGAUGUACCAAAUAGUGAUCAUCCGCAUCCGAAAAUUACGAUUCCCCAAGAUUUGAAUCGCACUAGUUCAAUAUCGAGUGAUAUUCAAUCUCCAAAAGGACACGAUUCCUACCAAGCAAUAUCGAAUCCCACUCGAUUACAAUCACUGAAAUUAAUCAACGAAGCUUUUCGACGUUUUAGUUCGAUUGAAUCAGCUCUAUCCGCCCAACGGAAGCGUUCUCAAAUGGCAGCUCCGGCAGCAGCGAAUCGAUCGCGAUUCAAUUCAACAGCGAGUAAUUCGAACUACAACACAAACAAUGAGACGAAUGUAGCGCCAACAACGUCUUAG